AUGACAAAUAUAUCUCCAAACAUUUGUUUUGAACCUAUAUUAAAUAAUAUUUUGGAUCGAUUAGAUCAAAAAGACUUAUAUUCAAUGAUUUUAUUGAACAAACAGUUUUACAAUAUAGUAGUUGUUGAAUUAUACAAAAAACCAAUAUUCACAAAUAUAAAAUCAUUUGAAAAAUGUUCAAACACUUUAAAGGAAAGGAAAAAUUAUGCAUCAUAUAUAGAUCACCUUGAUUUAACAUUAAUGUCAGAAGAAGACCGAUUAGAAAUUACGGAUCCAAAAUUAACUCCUUUUAUUUAUACUCAAGGUAUUAGUAAAUUGCGAAUAUUAAAUGUUUACGGAUGUAGAUUAUUAACAAAUGGAUUUGCUAGAUUACUAGCAUCAAGUAAUUUAAUGGAAUUAAUUUAUCUUGACCUUGGACAGUGCGUACACAUUAGAGCUCCAUUUAUUUCGCAAAUUGUUAAAAAUUGUAUACGAUUAAUGUAUUUAGGUAUGCAGGGUAUGAGAUUAGAACAUUUUGUUGUUUACGGUGAAGAAAUAACAGAUUUUGAUGAUGGUGAAAUUGACGUUGGCUGGGUUGAUCAAUUGGCUAUUGAUAUUAUUGACAAUCUCCCGGAUUUAAGAAUUGAUGUUAGAAUGUGUUUUGGUAGAACUGAUAUAUUUCUUCAAAAACUUUCUUCUAAUUCUAAUUUGGAAAUCUUAUAUACCAAAUGUACAUAA